AUGCAAAGUCGUUUCAACACUGGUUUGACGUAUAUUAAUCAAUAUGGUUUUAUUCGUUCAGAUAUUUCUGCACAUGAAAGAGCGACCCUUAUAGUAGUAGCAUAUGAUGUACAACAAGAAGAAAAAAAAGAGGAGGUCCUAAAUAAGAAUAUCAAGAAGACAGAAAAGAAGUAUAAACCUGAAGACGGAUUGAGACACAAUUCUGUUUAUAAACGCAAUUAUUUAAAAACCCGCCUCAAAAUGUUCGAAAUGUACAUAAAAAAAGACACAAAUAAAAAUGAAGUCAUAUACUCGUGCAAGAAUUGCGAGGGGACAUACAAGACAAAAAGAGAUAUAUUAAAACACAUCAGGGAGCAACACUACACCCGUUGCAAAUGCGAACAGUGUGGCAAACCUUUUAAAUACGAGAGACAAUUAGAGUCACAUGUCAAAUCUGUUCACGGCAAAACUUAUGUGUGUCAACAUUGUAACAGAAAAUAUGACAACAAAUACAGAUUGACAGCUCACGAGAAAACGCACACAAACCAAGAGAUGUAUCAAUGUGACAUAUGUCAAAAAGUACUUAGAUAUAAAACUACUAUAAGAAAACAUAUUUUACAUCACAAUGGUGCAAAUAAAAUGCUCUGUGAUUUUUGUGGCAAAUCCUUCGCACAAAAAUCUAACCUUGAAUCUCAUAUCAAGUCGCGUCACUAUUUAAGGAAGCACGAUCCUAGCGUCAAAAUAGAGAAGGUCAAGUGUGAUCUGUGUAAGAAGUUAGUGAGAGACCUUGAGAAACAUAUGGAGAUUCACGAUGCGGACAAGAGGAAGUGUUUUUGUGAUAUGUGUGGGAAAAAUUAUCCCACAAACAAUGCUUUGAAUCGUCACAAGAAGCAUAAACAUUAUGGUGUGUCGUACGACUGUGACGUCUGUGAGACAGAAAUCUCCUUAGGCCGACUUCACAUUGGGGCGUGCGCGCUCCUCGAGCCGCGUUCCACCAACGCGCGUUUUGUGCACAGCGCGAACGCCUCGCGUCGCCUUCCAAGAGCUACUGGCCGUCACCCGCAAGUCACUCAAACGCGACGCGAGCCUGGCGCGUGCGACUCAGGCUGCACACACGCCGAACGUUGGCAAAACGUUACGCUCACAUCGCGUUGGUCGCGGCUCGCAUCGCUCACAAUCUCGAGUAACGCGCACGCCCAAUGUGGGGUCAGCCUAAAAUACGCGCCGUAUGGAGAAGUAUUGUUAGGUUACUCCAUCCACGUUAGUUAA